AUGAACACAUUAGUUGGUACUGUAAGAUCAAACAGAAAACUGAAUCCCCAAGAUCUUGUACAGGCAAAACUGAAGAAAGGGGAACACAAAGGAAAGGAAAGUACUACAGUUGUAGCAGUACUGAAAUGGAAAGAUAAGAGGGAUGUUCUGAUACUGAGUACUGUUCAUGGAGAAGAAGAAGCAGAAGUUCAAACCAGGAAGGGAAUAAAGGAAAAACCAGCAAUGAUAAUUGGCUAUAAUCAGUCAAAUUCUUUUAUAAAUCUUUCUGACCAAAUGAAGUCAUACUUGCAUUGUCUAAGGCGAGGUGUGAAAUGGUACAGGAAGCUUGUAGUUGAAUUGUUGACAGAGUCAGCACUGGUACAUGCUCAUGUGAUUUGCCGAUACAUCUACAACAAUAAGUCUCAAUCACAGAAUUCAAAGAGGAAGUGA